AUGGAGCUUCAUCGUGUGCUCAGCAUCUUUGCGGCUGGAUUGAUCGGCCAAGGCUCGGCUGCUUCCAGCGUUACUUCGAAUUCUUCUUUUACAGGAUGGAAACCUUGCCCGGCCUACACUUUUUUCGACGAAGGUGAAUACGCGGCUGAUUGCGUGACCUACGAUGCCCCAUUGUGUUACCCCGGUAUCUGCGAUACAACGGCGAAUGUGAACUCGACGAUCAAGGUUUUCGUCAAGUGGUUGCGCGCAAAGGGGGCAACGGAUACGACGCACCAAAUGUGUGGAUGA